ACGAAACUUCCGGUUGCGACUACCACGGUUUUUCCUUUCUGGAGCCAUCUGGAGAUCCUAGUUGGGAGAGCGUGUUUCCUUUUUCAGCAUUUCUUUGGUUUCGCUACACGUGCAACCAUUACAGCACGAUGGCGUCCGCCUCCGCCCAACCUGCGGCCCUGAGCGCGGAGCAGGCCAAGGUGGUCCUGGCCGAGGUGAUCCAGGCGUUCUCGGCCCCCGAGAACGCCGUACGCAUGGACGAGGCUCGAGACAACGCAUGCAACGAUAUGGGCAAGAUGCUGCAAUUCGUGCUGCCGGUGGCUACACAAAUUCAGCAGGAGGUUAUCAAAGCCUACGGCUUCAGCUGCGACGGGGAAGGUGUUCUUAAGUUUGCCCGCUUGGUCAAGUCUUAUGAAGCUCAGGAUCCCGAAAUUGCCAGCCUGUCCAGCAAGCUGAAGGCGCUGUUCCUGCCUCCCAUGACACUGCCGCCCCACGGGCCUGCUUCAGGUGGUGGUGUCGCUGCCUCCUGAGGGUUGGCCUCCCCUAUAACACU